AUGCACCUGUCAAGCCGUUCAGCAGUGCGAUGCUAUAGCCAAGUCGUCGGUACCGCGUCUGCUGCCAUUGGAAUCGGAGCUGGUGGCAGGGCUGUGGGCCAAACGCCGUCUCGCGUCACUGUGCCGUCCGCAUGCUCGUGCGGUGGUGCUUUCUCCUCACAGAUACUACCGCUUCAGAUUCGCCGUGGCGCGGCACGGUCUGCGGGCAAGCGGUCGCCCACAGUCCGCCGAGCACAGAAUGCCGCCAGCAGGACCAGUAGGGGGAGUGUUGGUGGUGGUGCGAGCUCCGGCCCGACCACGGCUGGUGCUUCCGGUAUGUUCCCCAAGGAUUCGACGAGUCUCAUAGCGGCACUGAAAGUUGGACUGGAUUCCGUGGAGACGGAUUUGACGGAGGACGAGUGCGCCCAGGUCAUUCUGAAUGCGCAGCGGCUCGAGCACAACAGGGCGGCCGUCAACGAAGCUGCUCUUUUGAGGGACUAUAACCUUACCCCGUACAAGCUGCACACCGUCGGCGUGCUCCUGCUCAUUGGCAACGCCAGUGUCCAGGAAUCCACGCAGUGCUUUAUGCUGGCGACGUCGAUGAUGCACAUGGCGGCUUCGUUGGGCAGCACCGGCUACAUGCCGUCGGUGCUAACCAUCAUCAAUCUUUUUGGUGUCGACAUGACCAAGGCGGGCCAGGCGCAGGUCGCCCUCGCCGCGCGAUUUCGCGGUUCGCACAUUUUCCAGUCCGCGGAGGAAAAAUUUCUGGCGUACCUGGCCAAGGCCAAUGCGGGCGACGACAGCCUAGACCUCGUCACCAAGGCCAACGCGUUCACGCUGUCUGGCCUGCUGGCAGAGGCGUCGGGUAAUCUGCCACGGGCGCUGCGGUGGUUCCAGGCAGCGCGGUUGGUCGGACACGGCAUUGGUAGUGGCUCUGAUGUUGGCUCUGGCUCGUCUGUUCCAGCGGGCAAUGGAGACGUCCUGCCCCGGGAUCCAAAGUGGGACUGGGAGCGCAAGUGUCUCGAGGCCAUUGGUCGGCUGCAGAUGGAUGAGGCCGACGUGGUGACGGCCCAAGAGGCCCGUGAAGCAUUACGCACGGCCGCGCUGGCUCUCAACAGCGGCAAGGCGUGCAUGCUGCUAGCGGCCGCGUAUGCUCGCGAUCCCGCCGAUCGGACUGAGGCGCAAGACGCGGAGCUAGACACAAUCUUACAGCGUGCGGCAGUUGCUGGCGAAUUCGGUGCAAUCAAGGAGCUGGUCGAGCGUGAGGCGACAAAGGCGAAUGAUUCGGGCAUGGCAAAGGACGAGGCAGCCUUUCAUUUCCAAAUGGCAGAUGAAUGGCGGCGGCUAGCAGAGGCCUAUGCAGCGACUGAAUCGGAACAGACCGACUGA